AUGAUGCGGCUUGCACAUUCUUGGUUCAGCUUCCGCAGAAUAACCGCGAGCUGGCUGUUUGGCCGCGAUGACCAGAUGCGACUUGUACUACUUGCAACCUUCCUUUGCGUCGCGAGCCGAAGCCCCGAAGAGGCGUGCGCGGACUUGAGCAGAGCGUGGUCUGAUGUUGCACGAAAGGGGUUGGACUACUACGCUGAGGCCGACAGCAAAGGCAUUAAGAUCCAGAUUAGCCGCGAGGUGCGCUCCAAGGCAUCGUCGGAUGCGGUUACUGCUGCCGCGGCUCAGUAUAGACAAUUUCUCGAAGACUUUGGGAACUUUGAUGAGACCUGCGCCAGCAGCGAUGCAGCGAACCACGUACAAACGGCGGCGAAGCUUUGCCGGAGGUUUUUCCUGCUGCUGUUCAAGCCGCGGUCACAAGCGAGGCGCCUGCUGGAAGAGGGAAAGGUCUUGGACGAUGGUCUGGCGGAGUUCAUGUCGGCGGCGACGCCGUGGUCUCUGCUGCUUCACUCAGGAUGGCCCGUCUUCCCUCUCGCGGCGCUGGUGGAAUCGGAACUCAGAGAGGACACGCGCGUCUCUUUGGCCGUGUACCGGCUGGGAUGGAAGGAGCCUUCAGAGAACUGCAACGAGGAGCAGGAGGCUGUCCGUUUGGCAGCUUCCCUGUACGUCGGAGAAGGCCGAACUGUGAAACUCACGCACAUUAUUGACUUUUUCCACCAAGAGGUAGGCGACGUAGAUCUUGUUGGUGAGGAAUUCAUUACUGCUGUGGCACGAGCCAAGCCACGCCACCCUGGCGUUUGCACUGCGGCCUUGGGUGUAGCCUAUGCUGCGCUUGCAGAUGCUUUGCAAUGCCACUGGCGCCGACCAACGUCUGCGCUCACGCACCAACUUAUUGAUAUCGCGGUCGAGAAGGCCCAGGGAGGAGCCUUGCGGACCUUCGGUGAAGCUGCCGACUCUUUCAACGCCUUGGCAAGCUCCCGAUGGCCAUUGCUACCACUGCUGUCUCGCUUGCAGCCCAGGUCGGCACCUGCAUCAGCGGGUGUCUUGGUGUCCUGGUCAUCUCGAGAGGCUGAGCUUGGUGGCCUGAAUUGGGCGAAGAACUUCGCGCGGGAGGUCUUCAGCUUCCACGACUUCGUGCUUGAGGAAGAUGUGGACUGUGUGCUGACCUUUCGGCUGUCACCUGCUAGCGCUUUGUCCGCAGCUCCGCUAAGUCUCUCGGAGCGGUCUCAGCGUGGUACCGCUGGCAACGAGGCACACGGCAAUUUGGGCGGCAGCAGCGCAGCGAGCAGCAGAACACCGCAAUGCUCCAGUAGCAGUGGGAGUGGUCGGUCCGAGUCAGCACGUGUGCAGAACCUCAUGGAGACCUAUGGGAAACCCACCAGCGUGCCUCCUUCGAUGACGCCGAGGGCGGAGACCAUUUUCGGCCGACCUGACAUCCCGGUGGAGCGAAAGUUGGGUCCAAGGCCGCCCUCACGAGCUGCAACGUGUUCUCGUUCCAGCUGGAAGCCCGCAGGGCGCAGCACCUGCCCAGUGUCGCCAACAAGGCGAUCUGGGAGCCCGCCAGCGAAGAACUACCUGCCACCUACAGAAGAAUUUCUUCGAGCAUAUUCAAUGCAACAAGCCGCAGGAGGCCCUUCUUCGAGUCGGCCCUCUACAGCAACCACUACAUCGCGGCCUCCGCGGCAGCUUGUCUAUCCGACCGCUUCGGCCUGCUUCGGCUGCAUCCCUGUCCCUGCAUUUGCGCCACGUCUCCGCUCCCCGUACCUCCUCCCAUCGGAUGCAGGUUCUGAUCUGAGUCCAGCACCACGGCACUUUCAAGAGCGAGCCAGGACCUCCAAGCGCCAAAGGCGCUCUGCAAAUCAGGAGAUGCCAGUGGAACCUAGCGGUGCCGACAUCUUCGUGUAUCGCUCGUCGCUGCCGACAAACUUCGGUGGCGUCCUCAUUUUCGUGGAUGGCGAGGGGAGCCCGGCGGAUUCUCUGCAAGAGGAGCUGCUGCAGUCGUACCCGGCAUCGAUCGUCGUUGGGCCUUUACCUGCUGGUGGUGACUCUGUCUUCUUUCCGGUGCCCUAUGCGUCUACCUCUUUUGCAUCGCGCAGCGUUGCGACACCAAAUAGUUUGCUUUUGCCAAGACCAGUGAACCUGGAGGAUCGACCUGGCUUUGCUGCGUACCUGGUGUUUAAAUGCUAUCCUCACAGAGAACGUUUCUUCAGACUGCUGGAUGCGAGAGGACGCGAAGCUGGCCUGGGCCCAGUGGAGACCCUAUCUCGCUGUGGCGAUGCCGGCGAAAUAGAUCGAACGUCACAAAGAUAUGCUGAGACCUACAUGGACGACGCUGCAGAUCUCUUCCGACGAUUUCGGUUCGCACUGGUCUUCGAGAACAAGAUUCAAACAAGGUACGUGACCGAGAAAAUUGUGAACGCCUUCGUUGCUGGAGCCGUUCCGAUUUACUGGGGAUCCGACUUUGUCGCUGAAUUGUUCAAUCCCGAUGCCAUGAUCUGGGUGAACUCCUUCGAAUCCUUCGAGGCGGCCGUGGAGCACGUCAUCCGCGUGGCUUUGGAACCAGAGCUAUACGCAGCUUAUGCUUCAGCACCUCCCAUCAGGAAUACGUCUGCCGGUCGAUGGUACUUUUCCUGGCAUCGCGAUGCACCACCUCCGGAUGGCGAAGUGCCCACGCUGCGCGAGGAGCUUGCAGCCGCGGCUAUGAAGAUGCAUGUAGCUGGGCUGGACGGCAGCUUGCAAGCAGUGGAACGGCGCCCAUUCGACUAUGCCGAGACCUUCCCCUCUUGA